AUGGCCGACACAGCACCCCCUCCCACCCGACCAUCACCACCACCCAACGACGACAGCGUUGGCGCAGCACCACAAAGUACAGGAGCACAACCAGGAUCCCCAGAGAAACAAGCACAAGCACAAACACAAGGCCCAGCACAAAACCCAGCACAACCACCACAAACACAAACACAAACACAAACCUCCCAAAAUGCUGCCACAGCAUCAUCAACAGACCAAUCCCGCGGCCUCCCCUACUACGAAAAACUCCGACGCGACCUACGCGAUACUCUCCAGAAGAAGCGAUUAAUGGACAAGAGCAUGGCCCAGCUAGAAGACCAAAUAUACCGCUUCGAACAAUCUUAUCUCGAAGAAACGACCGCCGGAAACAUAAUCAAAGGCUUCGAUAACUACAUUAAAGGCUCUUCCACAGGGUCAACACUGACAACGGGCAUUGGGUUAUCGGGAGCCGGAAUGGGCACUGCGGGGGGUGGAGCGAGACGGAAGGCGCAGGUUACUGAGGCGGAUCGGGUGUUUUCGAAGAGUUCGGCAGGGUUUAUGAGGGAAUCUCCAACGCCUUCGUCUACGCAGACGACGCCCGCGCCUACGCCGUUGUCGAAUGGGGGCGAUGCUACGAAUGGGAAUUCGAAGGCUGGAUCAAAGAAUAAGAAGAAGUCUGGGAAUAAGAAUGUGGAAGAGGACGUUGAAGAUAGCGAUAAGCCGCCUGUGAAACGGUUGAAGAUUAGCUAUGGGAGGGAUUGA